AUGACGGGCCAAGACCAACAAGACUACGACGACAUCGCCACCAAAUACAACCACAUCGAAUCCCUCCCUCACUCCCGCAUCUCCCAUGAACUCGUCCUCCAAGCCUUGGGUGACUGCACCAGCCAAGUGAUCCUCGACUUAGGCGGCGGCACCGGUCUCCACGCCCGCAACGCCAUCAAAGCAGGCGCCGCGCGAGUCGACAAUGUCGACAUCUCCCCAGCAAUGCUAGCAGGAUGCGAGAAGCUGGAAGAAGCCGCCGGACGGAAGCCAGGAGAAAAAGUGCAAUGUUACGUCGGCGACGUGAGCAAACCGCUCGAGGAGCAGAUUACCUUACCUGGGAGAGAUGGCAAUGGAACCUACGACAUCGUCCUCAUGAUAUGGACCUUCGACCAUGCCACCACCCUCCCGGAACUCGAAACAAUGUGGCGCAACGUCGCCCAUUACUGCCGCCCCAACGGAGGGAAAAUCAUCACCAUCCGCUCCAGCGACCCCCGCAAACGGCCAGGAGGUCUCGGAUCGGGGAAGUACGGCGUCAAACUGCACUCUCUCGAAGACGUGCCCGAUGCGGUGAGGUACAAGUUUACGGCAGGGUUUGGGGAGGAGGCGUUUACGGCUGUGGCGACGAAUUUGGAGGCGAAUAUGGAUUUGGAGCAGGCGAGGAAGUUGGCGAGGGAGGUGGGGUUUGAGGGGUUGGAAGAGGUGGACCCGAGGGGGUGUGAGUGUGUGCGAAAGGAUCCUGGGUUUUGGGAGGAGUUUGUGAGUGGUGGGGGGUUUGGUUGUGUUGUUGGGAAGAAGAUCUAA